AUGAUAGCCCAGGCGAACAAACAUCGACGCCCGGCGGAUAUAACUCAAGGAGACUUAGUAUAUCUAUCAACGAAGAAUCUAAGGCUCCCAAAAAAGAUAUCACAAAAGCUGGCAAGGAAAUACAUCGGACCAGUAAGAGUGACGAAAGAAAUAGUAAAAGGAACAACAUACGAGUUAGAACUACCGAAUGAUCUAAAAGAUAGGGGCAUACACCCCGUGUUCCACGCGUCGCUGCUGCGCAUUCACGUACCGAAUGAUGAUAACAGGUUCCCUGCAAGGGCGGGAAACCCAACAGUAUCCUUAACGGAUGCACCUAAAGAAUGGGCAGUACGAGCAAUACUGCAGCACGCAGGAAAAGGAAAAGAAACCCGAUAUGAAGUGCUGUGGGCAAACCAAAGCAGAACUUGGGAAGAUUAUCGCGACAUCAAGCAUUUAGUCGCGUUAGACGAAUACCUCGAACUGCAAGGGGUCGAUAGCGUCCUAAACUUACCAUGGACAGCUGAAUACGGAAUAGAGGAACAGGAGUUUGGAAAUGAGCUCAAGGAGAAUGAUAUAAAAACAACUGAAAGCGAGGUACAAGUCAACAGCAUCGCAUUCAAUAACAUACUAGAUGAUAUCAUACACUGUCGCAAUAUGUCUCGUACCAAUACCUCCGUCAAACGACAAAGCGUUUACUCGUUCACUGCCGGCGAGCUUGUCGAUUGCGGCGUAUAUCGCGCCAACCUAUUUCGUGUCAGCCAUGGAUCCCUGGAUACUGCGGGCAGCGAACCGCCAAAGUACCAGGAGUUUAGAUCAAUGCUACACACAAUUCGGGAACAGGGGAGUAACACAAUUACACCAUCAAACCCCGCAGUCGAGAUGCUUACAACGUCGAUGAACGAGCUAGCAAUAGCGUUAGGGCAAGCGAAGCAAGUCGCUCAACAGAAAGGGGUGCCGGCGAAUGAAACAACUCAGAGAUACCCAGUCCGUCCCCGGCACCAAGGGCGACCAAUACAACGCGCAUAUAUACAAGCGCGCCCACCUAUCAACGCUCCUAAGGGGCCAAAAGCCCACAGGAACCCCCUCAUCGAUAGAAUCGGGGCGCGCGUCAGCCCGUACGAAAGGCACAGGACGCGGGGAGGAGCUAGGAGGAGAGAAUGGAGAGAAAAGUGGAGGAAUGAGAAAGCAAAGGAACAAGGAAAGGAGAAUAGAGACACGAAAGGAGACGGAGAGGAGAAACAGACCGAUGCUUACAGAAAAAGCACUGAAGAAACUUCAGGUCCAAGUAGUGGACAUGGUAAUAACAAGGUAGAUGGAGGGGUUACCGGCACCGUUCCCGACAUUCCCGAAAGGGAGAACUAUACUUGUCCCAUAUAUGCCAACAAAACCAAAGAAGUCAUCAACGACGAAGACUGGGACUGGGACCGAUUUGCUAACUCAGAAGCCGAUUGA